UGUGGCUAAACGAGCAGUGCGGAGCACCCGAGUUCUGAGGAAAGUUUGCCUGCGGUGAAACCGUCAGCACAACGUCGCUACAGUAAGCUCGAUCCUGCGGUGUACGUGGAAGGUGUAGCUUGCCAGAUACAAUAAAAGGCUGCGCGUUCUUUGAUUCCCAUUACUGCUUUUAAGGACCCAACUAGAACAUAAGAAAUAAAAUGGCUGACCAGCUGACCGAGGAGCAAAUCGCCGAGUUCAAGGAGGCCUUCUCCCUGUUCGACAAGGACGGCGACGGCACCAUCACCACCAAGGAGCUGGGCACGGUGAUGCGCUCGCUGGGCCAGAACCCCACCGAGGCUGAGCUGCAGGACAUGAUCAACGAGGUGGACGCAGACGGCAAUGGGACCAUAGACUUCCCAGAGUUCCUCACUAUGAUGGCGAGGAAGAUGAAGGACACGGACAGUGAGGAAGAGAUCAGAGAGGCCUUCCGGGUCUUUGACAAGGAUGGUAACGGGUACAUCAGCGCCGCAGAGCUGCGUCACGUGAUGACUAACCUGGGCGAGAAGCUGACGGACGAGGAAGUGGACGAGAUGAUCCGCGAGGCCGACAUCGACGGAGACGGACAGGUCAACUAUGAAGAGUUUGUGCAAAUGAUGACUGCAAAGUGAGGAGCGCUUUUCUUUCUCUUACAUUGCCUGUCCUCCUAUGAUCACUCUAUAAAAAAAAACUAAUCAAACAAACAAAAAAGCUACAAAAAAAAUCUUAAAUGUUAAAAUUCUGUAAAUGUGGUUCGAAUUCAACCUACUUCUGAGGCACUGACAGCUGCAGAAUAACCCCACUAGGAGGCGCCAGAUAACGUCUUAUCUGCAUGAGCUCUCUCUCUGAAUAAACCUGCCGGGACUCCCAGACGGCCACCAUUUUUUUGGCGAAAAACCCCAGAAAAGACUGACACUCAAAGCAGGAGGGUGUUUAAAAGAAUUUGACUAAUACAUAAAAAAAGAAAGAAAUGCUCGUGACGGAAUCGACUGACCGACACCCUUGACCUAAAAACAAAAGCGGCAUUUCAUUGAGCAUUUUUCUGUUUGGUAACAAUCUUUGCCAGAAGCACAGUGCUGUAUCCCAAUGAAAAAACAUGCACAGACAGACGGACUGACGAGCGACUGACUGACGGACGGACCGCUGACGGACGGACGGACACAGACACUCAUGCAGGCGCGCACACGAGAACCUUGCAUGCACCUUUCCUGGCGGUUUCCCUUACCACCGAGGGGGUCCCGGUUUUUGGGGUUGAGUGGAGAUGACGUUUGGAUACAGGCGGGUUUAUGCGAGCGCACGUGUAGCACGUGCGCGGGGAGACAUUGGAACACGCACAGGCGACGCAGUCCUUGGGCGUGUGUUUUUGAGGUUCGGUCCUCAGCGAUCACGAGCAGUGCGGAAUGAACAGAUUAAAACGCUUAUAGUGGGCUUGUUUUACUCCUUGGUUUUUUUAUGGCUAAUUUCUUUCCCCCCCCCCCCCCCCCCUCCUCUUGUAACGUACCUUUUUAUCAUAACCGCAACGUCAUGCUUCGGUAGCGCUGUAUGUGUUUGUGUGGAUGUACAGAUGCAGAGUAUUUAAUGAAAUAACAUUGCAUUCAGUGGACAAGAGCAUAGCUGUAAAUAUCUAAUCCACAAACAAUUAUGAUACAAAUGUAAAUGUUAUGCUUUUAAAAUGUGUGUUAUAUAUUAAAUGUGUUGUAAACUUUG